UGAUGUACAGAGAUAACCCAUACCUUCUUGCCCAUGAUUACGACCUCCAUGGAUUAAUAUAGACUGGAUUUCUUAUCCCACCUGCAAACACAGAACAAUGCGUACUUCUGCUGUAACUCAAGAACGCAUUCUUUUUUUCGAUGUUUUAUCCAAAUGGGACUGUUUCUUCGAUUCUAGAGGUUUUUGCAAUCUGGGUUUUAAUGGGCACUCUUCCAUUUUGUCUAAUUUUUUGCGCUGUGAUGGAUUCGAGAGUUUAGUUGGUGAGAAGAGGGAGAGGCCCAAGGUGGUUGCAUCUUUGGGUUUGAGUAGAAGUGUGUUAAGGAUUCAGAGGAUUUGGAAUAACUUCAAUAGGGCUAUUAGAUUGCACUGUGAAAGGAUCCCAAUUGGGUUUGCCUCAGUUGGUGUGUCUUCGGGAGAGAAUGGAUUGGGUGAUGAUGGUUGUGGUGGUCUGGCCAAGGAAAGUUUUAACGUGAAUGGUGGGGAGGCAGAGAAUCCAAAAAAGGUGCUUAUUUUGAUGAGUGACACUGGUGGUGGUCACAGAGCUUCAGCGGAAGCCAUCAAAGCAACCUUCAAUGAAGAAUUUGGAGAUGAGUAUCAGGUGUUUGUUACAGAUUUGUGGACAGAUCACACGCCUUGGCCCUUCAACCAAUUGCCCAGGAGCUAUAACUUCUUGGUGAAACAUGGUCCCCUCUGGAAGUUGACAUAUUAUGCGUCUUCUCCUCGUGUGGUGCAUCAAUCCAACUUUGCUGCAACUUCUACUUUUAUAGCUCGAGAGGUUGCUAAAGGGCUGAUGAAAUACCAGCCAGAUAUUAUUAUCAGUGUACAUCCUCUUAUGCAGCAUGUUCCACUGCGUGUACUGAGGGCAAAGGGUCUUUUGGAGAAAAUCGUGUUUACCACAGUGGUAACUGACUUAAGCACUUGCCAUCCUACAUGGUUUCAUAAGCUUGUAACUAGAUGCUAUUGCCCAACGAUUGAGGUGUCAAAAAGGGCAUUAAAAGCAGGACUUCAGCCUUCUCAAAUGAAAGUUUAUGGCCUCCCGGUGCGACCUUCAUUUGUGAAGCCUGUCCGACCUAAGGUUGAAUUGAGGAGAUCGUUGGGAAUGGAUGAGGAUCUUCCUGCUGUCUUACUGAUGGGAGGAGGUGAAGGAAUGGGUCCCAUUGAGGCUACUGCUCGGGCACUUGGGAAUACAUUGUAUGAUGAGAGUAAUGGUGAACCGAUAGGUCAGGUUCUCGUGAUUUGUGGCCGCAAUAAAAAACUUGCCAACAAAUUGCUUUCAAUUGAUUGGAAGAUUCCUGUUCAGGUGAAGGGAUUUGUCACUAAGAUGGAAGAAUGCAUGGGUGCCUGUGAUUGCAUUAUUACGAAGGCAGGACCAGGGACAAUUGCAGAAGCUAUGAUACGGGGUCUUCCUAUAAUACUCAACGAUUAUAUUGCUGGACAGGAAGUUGGGAAUGUACCAUAUGUAGUGGAAAAUGGAUGUGGGAAGUUCUCAAAGUCACCAAAAGCGAUAGCAAAAAUUGUUGCUGAAUGGUUUGGUCCAAAAGCUGAUGAGCUUAAGGCCAUGUCUCGGGAUGCAUUGAAGUUGGCUAGACCAGAUGCAGUGUUUAAGAUAGUUCAUGAUCUGCAUGAGUUGGUGAGACAAAGAAGUUUACUUGUACCCCAGUAUUCUUGUACAACUUAACCUUACAAAAUUUGCCUUUUUUUUUAGUGAUAAAAUGCUCUUAUGGGCAAAA